AUGCCUGAUUGGAAGGACCCCGCUGAAAUUCAGAAGGAUGCAGUCGCCUUCACCAAGCUUAUGCAUGCUCUUUUGGGUCUCUACGCUUACGAAUUUUUCAUAUCCUUCGACUUUGAAUGGGAUUUCAUUACGGGGAAGAAGAAAUUUAAGUGGCCAAUGGUGUUUUACUUCGCCAAUCGGUAUCUUCUACUCUUUGCGAUGAUUGGAAUUGCCAUUUCCUUGGAUACGACAAGUAAACUUGACUGCCAAACGCUAUACACUUUCAAUCAGUUGGCUGGAGAUGCUGCGGUCGGUUUGGCUAGCAUCAAUCUUUCGAUACGCGCUAUGGCAGUCUGGUCGCAAAAUCGGUAUAUUAUUGGUUUUCUGGUAUUGUUGAUUCUUGGUCACUGGUCGUUGAUCCUUCAAGGCGUUCAGCUGAGUGCAGUAUGGGUUCCCGGCGUCGGAUGUCAAAUCACCAAGACCAACAACACAAUUCUGGCUGCCAUCUUCAUAUAUUCGAUGUGCUUCGACCUUAUCGUUUUGUUGUUGAUCACAUACAAGCUGUUUGGAAUUACCGGCAACAGAGGCUCUGAGGUCAUGGGGAGGAGUCGUCUGACCCACAUGAUCUUCUCAGAUGGUCUUAUUUUCUUCAUCAUUGCCUUCCUCGCCAACUUGGUAGCGACUGUUUUCAUGCUCUUGAAUCUCAAUCAAAUCAUGUCUGUAAUCUUCAACGUUCCCGCCGCCGUGUUCUCCACUAUCGUUGCAACCCGUGCUGUACGUCGAUUAACGAACUUUACUAACAACGGUCCGGAAGUCUUCGCUGCUUCAUCGACAACUGGGCAACGUGGAAUCUCAGUGCCACCAACCCAAAGGAGUAUAGUGCCGACUCUCACGUACAAGACUGGCUCGCGCGCUGGAGUGCACGUUCAGAUGGAAACGUUUACGCAUGGCGAAGUACAUCACGAUGAUAUCUACACCAAAACGAAAGAAGGGAGUGAAACUGAUAUUGGAACUGACAUCGAGGGGAAAGGCUCUCUCAGUCAGUAA